GUGAGAUAUUAGACACUGAUAUUAAUGUAUGGAGGAUUUCAACGGGGGGAGACAGCUAAUGUUAACUUUUAGUCUGUCGCCGCCAUUGUACCACCGAAGAAGCGUAUCCCGCCCUCCUUCUUCGGUCUUUUCUUCUUCUUCUCCUUGGUACCAGAAAGCAAGCACUACUGGUCCAAGUGGUAAACCAGGUUUAGUCGCCAGCUAACCAGGCUUCGGCGCCCGCUAUCAAAGAAUGAUCUGACAGCAGUUUUAUUAGCUCGCUUGCUAGCGUGGUAGCUAGCUCCCACGCCGCGGAUUCGUUAGCUUUGUUGCUAGAAAAAUGGCUAUCGUAGCAUGUUAGCAAAACUAUACUGGUCAGAGCAGCAGGCUAACUAGCUGCUAAUCGCUAGCUGUGGUGCUGUCGUUCAUUCAGGCUCUUGUCAGACCCCUAGCAAAACAGUCAAAGGAAUUAGCUGGUGACUGCAUGAAUUAAGAGAGACUGAUCCACUCGUGACUCAGCAUCGGACUGACAUUGCUCCUGCAGUUAACACUCAUAAGCACUGGCUAGCGUUAGGUCAUUCUCCAUUAUGCAUGUCAUGUAUUAACAUUCAUGCCCUUAGGACAAAUGAUGUGUCCACCUGUUCAGUAAUAAAUUCAUAUUGAAAGAAGGGAAAAUUCCACUGGUGCUCGCAGGUAAAUGGGUACAGGCAGAUGCAGACCAUGGCCGGAUUAAUUUACGGGGGUUGGGGGGUUUCUGGGGUUAAAACUUAGAUCUUGGGCCCCAACUGACCCCUACUACACAUGGCAGUGUCAUUAUUUCCCCAAGCAGAUUUAACAAGAGAUGAGUAACCCUGAGAUGGAGCGGCUAAUCAAGGUUGGUUCAGUCAGCUCUGAGUUGUGUGAAUGAAAGUGAAUUUAAAAAAACAACUAAUUCAGUGGAGCUCUGAUACUACGCUUCACUAUGGCAACAGUUAAAUAAAGAGCAGAGCCUUCAUUUCAUCCAGUGGAGCUUGAAAGAUUAAAAGAGAAAAAGAUGUGUUUACAAAUUAAGCUGGCUUACUGUGGACAUGGCUUCAGAUGGAAUAGAGAAAUGAGUCAAUAAGUUAACAUUGUCACAUUUUAUUCAGCAUAGUCCACCAAACCGUUUUUUCUUCCAGCAGACUUAAAUUUCCUCAAUGGGUAAUACAUUUCUGGAAUCCAGUUGUUCAUAAGAUUAAAUUGUAAAAUACAUUUCAACAUGUAUGUAGUAAAUUUAAACACGGUAACUGAAAUGCUAUUAAGGCUACACUCAUUUGGCAGUAUAUCAGGUACACCUUGCUAAAAGUAACACAGUCCUGCAAUAUAUCCUCCCUUCAUGAAGGUUAGAAUGUUCAGUUUUUGUUGAAACUAUUUUAGGGAGGGGUUAUAUAAUGCAAUACAGUCAGACAAAAGAAGAACCUUGGUCUAUGAGAAAUUAUAACAGCCAUUUUUCCUCCACCAUUUUCUGGCAUUUUAUAGACGCCUGUAAAUACCCACUAAGGUAAGAUGCCUUUUCAAAGAUGACUGUGUAGUAAGAAUAAUGAGAUUUGUGCAGAGUGCCACAGAAAGGCGGGCUGGGGAUGGAGAAAUGGACUGAGAGACAAACUAACAUAGCAAUGUUGAUUUUAGUCCUAUAAUAAUAAAAAAAUAUAUAAUAAGAAUAAGAAAAUAUAGAGCAUCACCACCCUCAUCCUAAGUUAUAGUCCUAUCUGACAGUUAAAAUGAUAAAUAAAUGUCUCACUGAUGUCUUUCAAAUGUGUUGAUGUGCAUCUUUCAGUGGGUUUAUUUGAUUUGUGAGGUUCCCUUUUCAAAGUAGAGUUUUGUUGGUGUAGUAUGUGGUCUGACUGGCACCCACUGAGUAAGAGGGAUUGCAGAGAUUGUGUUUUUGGUUGCGGUAUACAUUCUCAGCAGCAUGAGCUAGACUACACUUCCAGUGGGUCCAAUUACAGCACAUAUCUAAUUGAUGUUGGAGCUAAAUGUCGGCCCAUGAAAGGACGAAAAGACUGAAAGACUUGGCAAGAUCUCCACCUGAGCAGCAACCUGCAUGGUCAAAAUAACAAUUAGUCCAGGCCCAGCGCAUGGAGAGGGCAAUGUUCACAACCUAACUUCAAACGUAAUGUACUGCCAUGGAGAGUUCGUCAGUGUUCAUGUGCUUCCCCUGCUACCAGGAGUUCAAUACCUUGGAAGAAGUACUCAAGCACCAGUUGACAUGUACUGCUGAGGAUGAACAGCCGAACACAUCUGGAACAACCCCUGUGACUGUUCCAGUGCUUCAGACUCAGCAACAGGUAAUAAAUAUAUCAAGGACAGUUGCUGUCCCACAGAUUCAAGUCCAAGCAGGACACACUGUGCAACUUGACAAGAGUGCACUUAAGCAGGCUGCAGUCAGUGCAAAGCUGUCAUCAGACCAGCCCAGAAUCCUCUACCAAUGUGGGGACUGUGAUGAACUUUUCAAGAGCCUGGACCUUUGGCAGCAACACCGCAAAGAAGAGUCAUGUCAGCAGUCUGCCUCUGGGAGCAAGUCAAAACCUGAAUCACAAACUGAGGCUGAGACAUCCCCAGCUCAGAGCUCCACUUUAACUUUAAAUCCAGAUGAUCCUUCUCUCUUGAGUAGUGAAACUGGCAAAAAUCUCAAGCCAGAACCAGUGGAGAAACCUGUAGAGGAGGAAGAGACGCAGCAGGUUACAGAGACCUCUACAGCUCAGAGCUGUGAUGCCCCUGUUUCAGAGGCUGCGUCUUCAACCUCUAAUCCAGAGGAGUCAUCUCCCAGGAAGAGAGGGGCAAACAAAAAGCCAAAGCCUGAACCAGUGCUCCUAUGUGUGGACUGUGGCUCAUGCUUUGGCCUUGUGUCUGAACUAGUGGCCCACCGCAAGACCCAACACGGCUUUGAGGAAGCUCUGCACCGCUGCUCUGUGUGCGGGGAAAGCUUUCUAAACACUACACUCUUUCUUUACCACCGCAAGCAACACAGACAGAAAGGUGAGGAAGAGGCAAUUCUGGUUUCUGAAAUGACACCAUCAGAGGAGGUUUAUACUCAAAAUAAUGGGACUGAUGAACAGGGGCAGGAUGCCACUCCUUCCACCACUAGUGUCAUCCCCACCUUCACACAGCCUGAGUUGUUUAUGUGCACCCAAUGUGGGCAGAGCUUCAGCGAUGAGGGAGGACUGGUCGCCCAUCGUAAGCAGAAGCACGACCUGAAGGAACCACUUCACAGUUGCUCCCAUUGUGGUGUAAACUUCAUGAACACCACCCAGUACCUGUAUCAUCGCCGGGAGCACCGCUUCACAUCAGGGACAGAGGUGGUGGUUGAAGCUGAAACAGGUGAUGAAACAUCCACCACUAAACCUCAGGAUACCCCACAGAGCUCAAAGCGGCUGCUUCCUCUGCCUGUCUCUGCUGGUGACGCAGGUUCACCCCUUCCUAAGAGAAGCAGGCCCUCAUUCAGGAUCCUGAGCGGUGGUAAUGCACUCAAAGGAAACAAGGGUUCAGGCUCCAAAGAGGAAACGGAGGGCAGCACUGCAGCAGAUCCAGACAACACCAACCAGCCUCCACCUGCUAAGCUGCUGCAGGACUGGGCCCGCACACCAUUACCCCAUGUUUGCCCUUACUGUGGCAAAACCUUCACCCGUCGCGUCUUCCUCCGCACUCAUGUAUACAGCCACACUGGAGAAAAGCUCUUCACGUGCAAGGUGUGCCCAAAGUCCUUCACCAACUCUCAGAGCCUGCUGCGCCACAGCAUGAGCCACACAGGCAACAAGCCCUUCAGCUGUGACACUUGUGGCAAAAGCUUCUCCCAGGCAGCCACCCUGAAGAGACACGAACGCAUCCAUUCAUCAGUACGGCCUCGGCGCAAGCGUGGAAGAAAACCGUUGUGUGCUUUGGACAGUGAGGGACUUCCUCAUCUCUUCUCAUGUCCGCACUGCCCGUCACGGUUCAACACGGAGGAUCAGCUUAACCAUCACAAACUGCUCCACACCAGCCAUCCGUUCCCUUGCCCGGAAUGUGGAGAGGCCUUCACGCGGAGGAAAGACCUCGACCUGCACUCGCUCACUCAUCAAGACAAGCAGCCAGUGACGUGUCCUCACUGCUCAUCCCAGUUUGUGAAUCAGUCAGUGAUGGAAAUCCACCUGCAGCAUUGUCCCACUACAGAGGAGGAGAAGAAAACAGGCCGUGGGCGGGGUCGGGGCCGGGGACGCUGCACUGGACAGAUUGAGUGUGACCUAUGUGGCCACCGUUGCAUGACCGAGGAGUACCUCGACCUCCACCGCUUGUCCCACACGGGCCAGACACCUCUCAAAUGCCCAGUCAGGCCUUGCCGCCGCAGAUUUACCUCCAACAGUGCCCUGGAGGAGCACGUGCUGGCGCAUUUCCAGGGAACACUCACCAAGCCCAAAAUCCGACCCCGCUUCCGCUGUCAGAUUUGCCACAAGGAAUUUGCCUACAAUUCCACCUUCAAUGUUCACAUGAGGACACAUACUGAUGAGAGGCCUUUUGAGUGCACCACAUGUGGCAAGCGUUUCCGGCAACUGCCCCAUCUGCAGGACCACGAGCGCAUCCACAGUGGUGUGCGGCCUUUCUGCUGCUGGAUUUGUGGCAAGAGUUUCAGCGUGGCCGCCCGUCUCACCGAGCACGCUCGCACCCACAGCGGCGAGAAGCCCUACCCCUGCCCCCACUGCCCCGCUGCCUUCCGCUCCCGCUCGAACCUGGAUAAACACAUCCGGCUACAUGGGGACCUGCCUUUGGAAACCGCUGAGCAGGUGGCGCAAGCAGCUGAGGCCGCCCAUGUCCAGAAAGUGCUGGAGGGGGCCAAGGUGCUAUCUUCUCUGGCCGCCACAGGGGAGGUCGAUUCCGGCUCGGUGCAGACCAUCUAUGUGCUGCAGGGAGCCGAAGGAGGUACUGAGACGGUCAUGAUCCCAUCUGAUCAGCUCAGUGGCAUGGAGGGAGCCUCACAGGUCGUCAUCCUGCCGUCCUCUGUUCUAGGUGCUCAGACUAUUACCGUUCCCACUGUCACCAUGGAUGGAAAUGAAAUCACCAUGGUGGAGACGAGCCAGUCACCGCAGCAUACCAUUGAGUUUAUUGUGGAGGAGACUGUAUGAAGGCAGAUUAGAAACUGUUGUGGACAGGAAAACACUAUAGAGAGAGACUUAGAGAUUGGUUGACAAUAUAGACUGCUGAUGUAGUAAAACGUUUGAUAGUUGAGGGAUUUGCAGAUACUAGCUUAUAUGUUUAUAGUUUGAUAGGGUUCUAAGCCAGUUUAAACAAAAGUUCCCAUUCUUUGAAGUACUGUUCUUGAGCAGAAAGUGAAUUAAAUAUCAUUGUUGAAUCAGUGUAAUGGAUUAAAGGUUGAUCCACAAAUGAAAUGCUCAGGAGAACAGAGUGUACCUUAAAUUAGUCUUUCAAACUGAUUAAAAAACAGGUCUUAAAUGGGCCCUCUGUUGCAUAUAGACCUGUAUUUAUAGCCCCUAUUUAUUAGGGGAAGACCGGUGGUGGCCCAUGAAAUGUCUUCUGCUUUCUUUAUAAUAAAACGCUUCAGCUUUUGCA